AUGUCAUCCCAAAGCUUAGUUCGACCCGGCUUAACGACGCCCUACGCCGGGAGCCUGCCAGAGAUAAAGCUACGGCUGCGAAAGAAAGUACCCAAACUUACCGCGAACGAUGUCCGGCGGGCACGAAUUCUAUACUACGAAGCAAUAGCCAGUGAGCUGUACGAGGAAGGUUUUGUGAAUGGCGCAUUCCUGCUGCUGCAUCUUAUCGAGUACGAAGAUGCAAACGUUGGCCGCACGUCUUACGCGUCGGUAGAAAGUCGAAGGCUUCGGAAUAAUGAAAAAUUGCUCAACUAUUUGGGUGGCGCGCUUGCCGAUGCCGAAAGGAACAAACAGUACGAAUGGUUCGAUCAGGAAGUAAGUGCACUGUUAGCGAUUGCCCGCCAAUUGGAACCGGAUCACGAGAAACGGUGGUUAGCACGGCAGUUUUACAUGAUUGCGCUCGACCGAUGCGUUGACUGUUGUCCAAAGAUGCGCGUUAAGAUCCAAUCCCUGGUGAGGUAUUAUUUUGCAAAGUUUCAAAUCGAUCAGAAACGACAUCUGGAGGCUAUGAAGUUGUUGGAGCAGGCUGAUGCAGAUCUGGGAUCUUCUGGCGCGGACGAUAUGGAAGAUUGGAAAACGUUGGACGAGCAUGACGGCGAAAAGCUGUCAAUCGCCAUUAAUACUUUACUGUUUGUGUGCAAUCGUAAGCUUGCAGAGGAUACGGCAGAGUCUCCAGCAUGGAUAGCGGAACAGUACAUACGGGACGCCCACAAGGCAGCACUGAAAACUUUGAAGACGUCAAUGUUGGCUGAAUCGUAUCAGGCAUUUGGAGAUUUUCUUGCCCGAAAAGGAUGUCACGAGGAGGCUUUGGAGAUGUAUCGCAACGGAUUGCAACAAGCUGAGCUUGAUGGAGGCAUGCCGGAUCUGGCAUGUUCCGUUGGUUUAGCUCAGGCAACUUCGUAUCACAAGCUCGGUCAAAUGGUGAAAUGUGACGCUAUGCUUCGCCGUGUCGAUCGCAUGACAAAAUCCGCCGAACAUUCGCUAAAUAGGGGGCAUUACUAUCUGACAUCUGCCAUCCUGCAACAGGAAGACGUCAAGGCCGAUCCCGUACAGAUGGACCAGCUGACGAAGCAGUUACGACUGGCUGCGACCAUUUUUGAGCAUUCUCGCCGGAUGGAUAAGUCACUCGAGGCACGCUGUCUCGAGGGACUUUUACGAGCCGAGCCCGUGUUCAGGGAGUACGUCAACCUGAUCCCGCCAGCCAUUAGCACUUCCGACGACGCACUGUAUCGUGUGAUCGAUCGCGUCGGUUUCUAG